UACCUGUAGCCGCAGGUAAAAUACGGCACGGCGGGGCGAAGGAGCGAAUCUCACCGAUCAAAGCUUCAGUGUGAGCCGGAUCUGAAAGCGCGUGUCGCGCGACGAAAUCGAAACGUUUGACCCGUUUCCAGUAAGUCAAUCCAAACAAAGAUCGAUGAAGUGGAGGUUAUAACGCAUCAAAGGUGAAAAUACUUCACACUCGGGCUACUUCCGCGAUCUUGAAGAGCUAGAAGUUGCUCUCCAAACACCUGAAGAUUUGAUCCGAGCCUAUGCGGUCGUGUAUGUGGUGAGUUAUGCCUGGCAACAGCACAGGAACGCAUCACAAGACGCGUCCUUAUGGCUCAAGCCGCUCUAGAGCCGAUGGCUACAGGCAAAGCCGGACCUACUCCAGGGACAGCAGCACCAGUCAGGAGACCUGCAAGGAGAACUACAGCGAGCAACCUUGUAGCACAGACUCGCAGUUCCCUUGUAAAACCCAUCCUCACUAUGCCAAUGGACGAGGCUCAGAAUCCCUGGGCUUUAUCCCAGGCUCCGCUGACUCUCCUCAAGGUACGCAAGCAUGCGGCUCAUGCGCUUCUCUAGGCUGGAGUGGUUGCAAAGCUGUGGUGUGCUGCAUUCUCACCUGUGGGCUUUAUGGGUCUCGCAAACCUUGCUUGCCGCCCAACGAGAGCUCCACUGACAACCCUUUAAAAGCUGAGCCAGAACCGAAGAAGAGCAAUGGAUUGGCUCUGUCCAAUCCCACGUGCGGCGUAAGCCUCGAAGCGAGCAAAUCAAAGCCGUUGCGAAGCUCUGAAAGCUUCAGGUACGGCGACGUUUAUUUUGCUGGAAAGAAAGUGGAGUACCCUGUCAACUCAGACGCGCCUCCACGACGGACCCGAACGACUGGAAAGGGCGACAACAGCCAGCGUCCCAGCAGCACCACCAGUAUCUACUCAAGGGAGGAUUUGGAUCUAGACGACCUGGAUGACGGUGGCACUGACAUCGACUCGCUAAUCACUAAAAAGCUUCUGGAACUUUAUAAAAUGCACCAGAUUGAGCAGCUGGCCAAAUGCACGUCCGAAGUGUCCUUCUCUCGGAAAACCAUCGAGAUCAGCGACCUGAUCAACAGCAUCGCUCAGGACUACAACUUGGAGGAGCAGGAAGCCGAGUGUCGGCUGGUGCACGGCGUCAUACGCAUCAGCACCCGCAACAAGUCCUCGAAGGGUUACAGAAGCAAAGACUAUAAAUCGCACGAUGCAAUACAGAAUACUUAUGUGAGGAGGGAUGGCACGCUGCCGGACAGUGGGAACGAGACCAUGACCUUCACCUUUAGUGAUGGAGAACCCGAGGUGCUAGUGUCAGAACUGACACCGUCAGAUGAGCUCGCCCGAAAGAUGAGAGGCCACAGCGGGAAAAAUUACUACUCGAGCUCGGCUACAGACUCAUCAGGGGCUCCGCUUUUACGCUAACACUCCAGCUGUUCCCUCUCAAUUAUUACUGCCUAUCUAGUGUUCAUCUCUGUCAAUGUGUUCCUCUCAUAUUUCAGUGAAAGCAUUUAUUAUGCUAUGGACAGAUUUUAUUUGACAGAAUGCCCAAAGACUUCUGUCAUGAGUGUAAUGUUAAACAAAGGAGCCUGUUGCAAAAAAACCAAUGGUUUCCUACUGCCCUCGUAAGAAGCCAUGUGAACAGUUACAUAAUGAUGGAAAUGUUUCCUGACCAAGCCAUUGGCAUCAGAGGGCGUCUAAGUAUUGCUUCUAAUUAUACUUUUAGAGACAAGAGACACUGCUGUCAUCCUAAAUGGUGAUGUAUCUAGUAAACAUGCAUGUAUUCAGCAGUGAUUAAUAGCAACAACAAGACUUAAACUAGUUGUCACUGAACUAUGUUUAAACCAUUUAAUGUUGUUUUGGGACUGUUUGCCGUCAGCCACCUCUGUAUGGUGCAACGUCAGUUUUGAAAUACAUUGUAUAUAUAUUUUUAUUGUAUUUUUUGCAAUUUUUUUGUAUUGAAAUAAAAAGGGAGUUUCCUCUCAUUUUCUAUUUU